ACGACGGCGCGCCAGAUGGCCCUGCGCAUCCUCAAGGAGGGCGGCGCCAAGGCGUUCUACCGCGGUUUCGGCGCCAACAUGCUCAACUCGUUCUCGAUGCAGUUCGCCUACUUCUACUUCUACACGCUCGUCCGAACGACGUAUCAGAAGAAGUUCCCGCUCGCCGUCAUGACGACUGCGACCGAGCUCCUCCUCGGCGCACUUGCCGCCGCCCUUGGCCAGGUCUUUACGAUUCCCGUCAGCGUCAUUGCGACCCGCCAGCAGCUCGCCAAGAAGCACCUCUCGUUCCGCCGCGCCAUCGCCCACAUCCUGCGCGACGACGGCAUCACGGGCCUGUGGCGCGGGCUCAAGCCGAGCCUCGUCCUGUGCGUCAACCCGGCGAUCACGUACGGAAUGUUUGAGCGCAUCAAGACGCUGUCGCUCAAGCCGGGCGACAAGAUGACGCCGCUCAAGGCGUUUGUCGUCGGCGCCCUCAGCAAGACGCUCGCGACCGUGGUCACGUACCCGUACAUCAUGGCCAAGACGCGCCUGCAGGCCGGCGACGACGACGAGGACGACGACGCGACGUGGCAGGCGCGACACGCGACGGGCAAGCCCAAGAAGGAGCGUUACAACGGCGCCAUCGACUGCCUCCAGCAGGUGUACAGCGAGGAGGGCUUCACGGGCUGGUACCAGGGCAUGCAGGCGCAGAUCACCAAGGCCGUCUUGUCGCAGGCGCUCCUCUUUGGCAUCAAGGACGCUCUCGAGGCCUACACGAUCCUCGCGCUCGUCGCCGUCGCUCGAGUCCGCGGGUCCGCGAUCGGGCUCAAGAGCCUGUGAGGGAGGAGGAAACCGCGCGAGCGCGGGUGGGCGCAGUCUUGUCUUUGUCCGGGCCGCUCUGUUGCGCUGGCGUCCUGUAUUGCGUCGUGUUUUUCGAAUCUCCCUUGACG